AUGCCGGCAGCCUCUGCCACCGCCGCACAGCAGCAGGCCCGCCCCGCCCAUUCCUCCGGCAGCAGCGGCGCCAUCCCUGCCUUCCGCCCCGCCAGCCCCCACCACACGGCCAGCCACUACACACCCUCGCCCAGCACCAGCGACGACUCGCCAGGCAAGGCGCAGCUGCAGGCGGUGCGCGCGCUGCGACAGCAGGCGCCACAGCAGCAGCAGCAGCAGGCGGCACCGCAGCAGGCGGCACCGCAGCAGGCGGCGCCGCAGGGCACGCCCGGCUACUCCGAGUCCAGCAGCGUGGGGCGUGCCAUCAACGCCCACAUUGCCAGCAGCAUAGCAGACCUGUUCAUGCCCACGCCGUCGGCCCCCGGAGCCGGCAGCUGCGGCAGCGGCAGCGGCGGCGGCGGCGGCCACCACGGCGCUGCCAGCCGCCCUGCCCCUGCUCCCAACUCUGCCACCGGGUCGCCAGGUUGCGCGCCCAGCAGCCGCGGCAGCGGCGACAGCGGCAGCUGCUGCAGCGGCGGCCAGGGGUGGCAGACUCCAGAAGCGCAGCGGCUGGCUGCCAGCCCCGGGGGUGGCGGCAUGCCGGUGCCGCCCCCGGCGCCGCCCCUCCUGCGCACGGCGAUGACCGAGACGAGUGCGCUGGAGCUGCAGAGCUUCCUGAGCCCUGUGUUCAUGACCCGCAAGCAGCGGCCCAUGGCUUGCGAGAUGGAUGAGCCGGGCAGUGCGAUCCCCUUCCCCAAGGCGCACCGCCGCACCAGCCGCCUGCAGCGCUUUGCGGCCAGCAUGUUUGGCUGCUUUGUGCCUCCGCCGGACAAGCGCUCGCCGGCGCCGUCACUGAGGACGCCCGGCAGCCGCCGCGCGCCCAGCUUCCGGGCAACCAGCUCGCCGCGCGCCCACCUGGCACUCAACGUGGAGCCUCUGCGGCAGAGCCUGGCAGGGCUGGCGGGCGGCGAUUCCGACCUCCGUGCCAGCUUGGUGGCAGCGGCAGCCGACGGCGCGCGCGGGCCUGCUGGCGCGGCUGCUGCGGCGCCCGCCGGCGCCUCGCAGUUUGGCGAGCUCCUGGGGAUGCAGAGGCGGGUGGUGGAGGAGGAGGAGGACGGGCUGCGCAUGAACAUGGCCUCGCCGGUGCUGCUGUCGCGGCCCGGCAGCGCGGCAGCGACGCCGGCCACGGAGGCGGCGGGCAGCGAGGAGGCGGCGGGCUGUGCGGCCAAUGUUCUGGCCAAGCGCAACCUCAUGGAUGUGCUGCGCUCCAAGGAGACGGGGGCGGUGCGCCAGCAGCCCCUGCAGGCGUGGCAGCGCCAGGCGGGCGGUGCGCCGCCGGCGAAGCAUGCAGCAGGCGGGCGCGGCGGCAAGGCCCAGGCCAAGGCCAGCCACGUGUCGCUGGAUGCCCCCACCUUCACACCCAAGCGCCGAGACCUCAGCAAGCCAUCCUACCGCAGCGACGCGCUCCACCACAUGCUGUCGCCGGGGCUGGCGGCACGGCGGCGCGGCGGCGCGCAGGCAAGCGCGGCAGCACUGUGGCGAUCCCUCAGCGCGCCUGCCUCGCCGCACCAGCACGCCCCUGGCGCCGGCGCAGGAGCGGCGGGCAGGGAGGGCGGGGGUGCAGGCGGUGGCGGCAGCGUGCCCAGCAGCCCCUUGUUUGGCGCCCCCCGCCUCAACCGCGCUGCCACCAUCCGCGCAGCGGCAUCCCAGCGCAAGCUUCAGGAGCGGCAGGCACAGAGCAGCGCCUUCCUGGCCAAGAGCCCCGACACGUGGCUGCGGGCGGCGGCGGCCGAGGGCCUGUCGCUGCGUGACGCCGCGGUGCUCGCCUCCCCGGGCAAGUCGGCGCGGCCCCAAUACCACCCCUCCCCCGCGCCCCGCGGCCACCCGCGCGGGCAGCGGCAGCCGCAGGCUGCCGCGGCCGUGGCGGCGGCGGCGGCGGCGGCGGCGGGCGUUCGGGCGGGCACGCCGGGCGGCAGCCGCUUUGACUCGUUUGAGACGGGCGUGGAGCCAUACUCAGCCCGCCUGCUCACCGCUGAGAAGCAGCGGCAGGGGGGCGGCGGUCCUGUGGCGCCAGCGGCGCCGCCUCCGCCGGGGCAGCCCGGCGCCGUGGAUUUUGCCCGGCUGGCGGCGGACAGGGAUGCAUACCUGCAGAUGCUGCAAAUGCUGGCAGAGGGGCUCCAGGUGGAGGGCACGCUGAUCCACCCCCACAAGCAGCCGCCGCCGCCGCCGCUGCCGGCAGACCUGCUGGCGCGGGCGGCGGCGGCUGGGCGGCGUGAGCGGCGCCGCGCGUCGGCCGAUGGCGCCGACACGGUGCGGCCGCGCCUGUCAGCCAGCCAUGAGUGGCUGGACAGCAGCAGGACGCAUGCCUCCACAGCAGUCUACAGCCUGCACGCCGCCUCUACCAAUGCGUCGCUGGACUCGGCAGAGAGGGUGGCUGGGCUCCACCUGGUGCCCCUGACGCCCCACCACAAUGCGCUGUUUGGCAAUGAUGCCACCCCCACCAAGUCGUCGCCAGUCGCCAUCCAGCGUAUGCUGUCCAUGUCGGCAGCAGUGGCAGCGCAGCUGGGCACAGAGGAGCAGGAGCAGGGGCGGCAGGCCGCUGCCAGAGGCAGCAGGCAGGCACCCUCGGUUGAGGCGGCAUCCAGCUCUGUACACAGCAUCUCGUUUGGCAGCGGCGGCUGCCGCGAGCCCCGUGACACCCAGGCGCAGGACUGCGGCAGCAGCGCCGCGGGGCAGCAGCAGCAACGGCAGGCGCAGCCGCAGCCGGCCGGCGGCAAGCGGGAUGGGCGGCGUGGCGCGCUGGAGGGCGGCAACGCACGCCUGGGGCGGCUGGCGGCGCUGCUGGAGGUGCACCAGAGGCUGGGCCAGCACUGCGGGCUGCAGGAGAUCCGUGCUGCAGGCUUCAGUGAUCUGGACCUGCAGGCACUCAAGGCCUGGCUGGGGCGGCAGGCGGGGGCAUCUGCUGGCACAGGCAGCGCGGCUGCUGCCUUUGCUGUUGAGCUAGCCGCCGCUCGAGGGCUUGCGCAGCACGCUGCCCGCGCGGCAGGCCAUCUUGGCAGUCAGCUGGCGGGGGCGGCGCGGUCUGCCGCCGCCGCCGCGCCGCCGCCGCCUCUGGAGCCGCAGCAGCCUCAGCUGCAGGGCCUGCUGGCCUCCGUGUCCGGCUCGGCGCUGCAGGAGCCGCAGCAGAAGGCGUUCCUGCCCGACAAGCGGCGCGGCGGGGGCGGGCGCGGCGGGCGCAACCCCUCGGUCGGCGGCGUCGCCGAGGGCGGCGGCACCGAGGGCGGCGGCGGUGUGCUGGCAGACGCAGACGAGAACGAGCGGUUCCUGGUCAGCGAGGUAGAUGUGGUGGGGGUGGAUGGCGAGCUCAAGGAUAUCGCCAUGAGGGCCCUCAGCACCCGAGCCAACUUCGCCUACUCCCAAAAAGAGAUAAUGGACGACAUGCACCGCGUGUUCGACACCGGAUACUUCUCGCUGUGCAAGCCUGUGGCGGAGGAGACGCGGGAUGGCAUCAAGCUGACGCUCGAGGCGCGGCGCCUCUGCCGCCUGGCUGCUGCCUGGCUGCUGUUUGGCUGCCGCCUGGCUGCCGCUGC